AUGGCCAGCCAGACUGCCUCACACGUCAUGGUGGCUCUGUGCUUGCUUGGGCUCGCGGCGAGGCACGCGGCGGAGGCGACGCAGCUUGUCCCCGCGGUCUUCGUGUUCGGUGACUCGACGGUUGAUGUCGGCAACAACAACUACCUGAACAGCACCAAACCGGCCAGAGCUAAUUACCCCAAGUACGGCGUGGACUUCUCCGGGUCGACGCCGACCGGCCGGUUCAGCAAUGGCUACAAUUUGGCAGACCAGCUAGCUCAGCUGCUCGGCUUCCCGAAGAGCCCACCGGCCUACCUGUCGCUGACAGCGAAGACCAUCGUGCCGCAGAUGUACCAAGGCAUCAACUUCGCUUCAGGAGGAUCAGGACUCUCCGACAAAACCGGCCUUUUAGGGGCUGGCGAGGUGAUCCCGAUGAGCCUGCAAGUGCAGUACUUCUCGCAAGUGGUUGAGCUGAUGCAGACGCUGUCAGGCUCGAGGAGAACCGCCAGUCUACUCUCUGAGUCCAUCUUCUUCAUCAGCACGGGCAGCAACGACAUUUUCGAGUACUUCUUGUCCGGUGGCAACGGCGACGACGGCGAGUUCCUGCUCGGCUUCACCGCGGCGUUCAGGUCAUACGUGAGGGCGCUGUAUCGGCUGGGGGCAAGGAAGUUCAGCAUCGUCAGCAUCACGCCGCUGGGCUGCACCCCGUCGCAGCGGGCACGCCGGCUGUCUCAGGGGGGCACGCGUGGUGGGUGCUUCGGCCCGAUCAACACACUCUCGCUGCGGUCGUACCCGAUGCUCGCCGCGUCACUGCGGGACCUCGCCGACGAGCUGCCCGGCAUGGCCUACUCCCUCAGCGACUCCUUCACCAUGGUCUCCUUCAUCAUCGCCAACCCGCGCACGAACGCCUGGAGCUUCACGGAGCUGGAGUCUGGGUGCUGCGGGUCGGGGCCGUUCGGGGCGCUCGGGUGCGACGAGACGGCGCCGCUGUGCGACAACCGCGACGGCCACCUGUUCUGGGACGCCAACCACCCGACGCAGGCCGCGUCGGCCAUCGCGGCGCAGACGCUGUUCGCCGGCAACCGGACGUUCGUCAGCCCUAUCAACGUCAGGGAAUUGGCCCAGCUGUGAUUGAGCGCAAAGAGGAAAAUUCAAGAUAUUUUUCGGCAGUUCGCAAGCAUGUACGCGUGAUUUGGAUCUCUUCCACCCAAUAAGUCAUGGUCAGAUGUGUACACGAGGGAUUCUCGUGUGGUUGUACCAGAAUUCAUCUAUCUUUAUUCGUGUGUGGUUGUGCAGUACGGGAAGGAUUUUAUAUU